AUGCGAAUUUUUCACUAUUUCUUUGCAGCAAAGACCACUUCGAAAAAAGCAGCUUCGUAUGUGCAGGCAAUUGAUAUUCAUCCUCAAUUCGACUCGCAAUCCCUUGUGCUGUUCCUUCGUGCUUCUAGCUUUGAGAUGGAUUUCCUUACGGCAUACAGAGACACGCUGAAGAAUAAGGAGGACAACAUUAAGAAGUUCACUGCUACCGCAUGUUCCAUUAUCUCCGAAAUGGCGCAGUUGUUUUCGCAAGAUUUUGGCUCACUCAACAAAGACAAGAAAACCAAAUUGCGCGAUUGGUUCCUGCUUAUGAAGAGGACUUUGGAAGAGCUGGAAUUAAACUGUAAGAAAAAUGCAGAAUUCGUUAACCAAAUCAAGAGAAGAAUUGUACAGGUGGGUGAGAUGCUUGAUCUCGGUGGGAAUCUCAGCGUAGCGCAGCAUUUGCAAAAGUUGGAGUCACAGUUGGAUAUUUUAUCCGCUUUGUACAGUGAACUUCUUGAAGAAGGCAUCCGCCGUGAGCUUGCUUUGGAGCUUCCAUCUCUUCUGAAUUGUAACGACAAGCCGGGUCCAUUAGAGGAUGUGUUAAAUCACCUUUCGGAUACCCUACAAUCAUUUCGUCGUGCGUUCAUCUAUAUGUGUGAACAUGUGGACAUUAAUGGUUACGAUAUGUGGCGAGAAGAGAUUGACGCUCUUGUUCAUCGAAUGGCGAAUGAGCUCAAGGAAAAGAAAUUACCUGAUGUGUCAAACAAUGCAAAAGGUGGCGGUACUAUCGCGUCUUUCUUUCACGUGUGCAAUCUUUUGCUGAAAUACUCUGAUCCAUAUACGAAUCGUUAUUUGGAAAACACUAUGACAUGGUGCGAGGUGAAAUCGCGAAAGGAUGUACUUUCUGCCAGAACUUUCGAUCUGAUUGAG